AUGACUUCUUCCAAGUUCUUGAUCAUUGCUUUCAUGGCUACUUUGGCUCUUUCGAGCAUCGACAUGGGUCAAGCUGCUCGCCAUCUUUUGCAAAUUACUCCGCCCCUGUUGCCGAACUUGCCAACGGUUCCAACAGGGAUACCGUCAUUGCCUACUCUUCCAAAUUUACCACAACCCACAUUGCCUAAGGUUAAUCUCCCUCCAUUUCCGAGCGUCCCGGUGAACAUCCCGAGCGGGGUAGCGUUGCCUCCGCUCCCGAGCUUUCCAUCAAUUCCUACCAUUCCGACUUCAUUCCCUUCCAUCCCAUUUUUAUCUCCUCCUCCUGCAACUUCUUCUUCCCCCUAA